CGGUAACACUGGCCCAGAUAUGGUGUGGCGGGGCGGACCGGGCUAAGCCUAACACAGCGAGGGGAUGUCGGACGGGGAGGAGGAGGAGGCGGUGGUGGAGGCGGUGGUGUCCAAGGCGAGACAGCCUCCUCCGAGAGAGACCUGGGACAAGAAGGUCGAGUUCCUCCUCGCAGUUGUCGGCUUCGCAGUCGACCUCGGCAACGUCUGGCGCUUCCCCUACAUCUGCUACCAGAAUGGCGGAGGAGCGUUCCUCAUCCCCUACUGCAUGAUGUUGGUGUUCGGAGGACUUCCCCUGUUCUACAUGGAGCUCGCCCUCGGCCAGUUUCAUCGCUGCGGCUGUCUCACCAUCUGGAAGCGGAUCUGCCCCGCUCUCAAAGGUGUAGGGUAUGCCAUAUGUCUUCUAGACGUCUACAUGGGCAUGUACUACAACACCAUCAUAGGCUGGGCAGUCUACUACCUCUUCGCCUCUUUCCGUUCCGAGUUACCUUGGACUAGCUGCGACAAUCCCUGGAACACUCUCAACUGCACCCCCGUCUUUGACCUUACUCCAAACGACACCUCCUCAACCAGUCCUGCCAAGGAGUUUUUCGAACGCAGUGUCCUAGAACAACAAAGAUCUGAUGGUCUCAACAGGAUAGGUCCUAUCAAGUGGUCCUUAGCUCUGUGUGUAAUGGCUGUAUUUAUACUUGUAUACUUCUCGCUGUGGAAGGGGGUUCGGAGUACAGGAAAGGCUGUAUGGAUCACCGCACUCGCUCCGUACUUCGUGCUCAUCAUCCUUCUAGUCCGAGGAGUCUCUUUGCCAGGGGCGGCCGAAGGAAUCAGAUACUACCUUACCCCUCAGUGGCACAAGCUCAAAAACUCAAAGGUCUGGAUAGACGCUGCCUCCCAGAUAUUCUUCUCUCUGGGUCCCGGAUUCGGGACCUUGUUGGCGCUUUCAAGUUAUAAUAAAUUCAACAACAACUGUUACAGGGACGCUAUAGUCACGAGUAGCAUCAACUGUUUGACAAGUUUCUUGGCAGGCUUCGUCAUCUUCUCUGUGCUAGGCUACAUGGCACAUGUGCAGAACAAGAGUGUUGACCAGGUCGGGCUUGAAGGUCCAGGACUAGUGUUCAUCGUCUAUCCAGAAGCCAUUGCAACGAUGACCGGCUCCGUCUUCUGGUCCAUAAUUUUCUUCCUCAUGCUCAUCACAUUAGGCCUGGACAGCACGUUUGGUGGCCUGGAGGCCAUGAUCACCGCCCUGUGUGACGAGUACCCCAGGAUGCUUGGGCGAAACAGGGAAGUGUUCGUGGCUGUCUUGUUGACCGGAGUGUACAUUUGUGCUCUGCCUACCACGACAUAUGGUGGAGUGUACCUGGUCAAUCUGUUGAACGUGUACGGGCCCGGCCUCGCCAUCUUGUUCGUCGUGUUCGUGGAGGCGGCUGGAGUCUGCUGGGUGUACGGUGUGGAGCAGUUUUCCUCUGACAUCGAGUGCAUGCUGGGACAUCGUCCAGGACUCUUCUGGAGACUCUGCUGGGGCUACAUUAGUCCUGUCUUCCUCCUGGUCAUCUUCGUGUUCUCACUGCUCAGCUACGAGGAUAUGCUCGCUGGGGACUACGUGUACCCACAGUGGAGCAUCAACAUGGGAUGGUUGCUCACUGCCUCAUCGAUCUCGUGUAUUCCUAUCUACAUCAUCUACAAGUUCCUCAUUACUCCCGGCUCUUGUUUGAAGAGAUUGUCAAUAAUAAUGAAACCAGAGGAGUUGUCAGAGACCACCGCCAUAAAUACCUCCUAUGGCACCGGCACCCACGUUUGACUGGAGUGGUUGGUCUAACCAGUGUACAGAACCCAUACCUUGGUGGAGGCUUUAACUUUAAAUACCGUUCUAUGUUUUUUAUAUGUACGAUAGUUGCUUGAUUCGUAUAGAAGGCAGCAGUGUUCUGCCGUCAACAGCCAAGACGGCAGGGUUCCACAAUGCGGGAUGUAUACAUAUUUGGUUCCAAAAUGAUGUAUUUGUGCAUUUAUAUAUAUAUAUAUAUAUAUAUACUAUAUGUAUAUAACCCGUGGUGCAGUUGUAUAUUUUAGUAUAUAUGUAAGUCGAUGUCGUUAUCGGUGGCUGUACAUGAUAGUUAUAGGUUAGGUAAAGGAUAUUUAUAUACGUAUUUAGACUAUAUUUUGUUCGUACUGGAUGUAUAGUUAGGUGUAUUUUGUAGAAAUUUUUACAAAUUUCCUGUGUGCGUGUUACGGUUGCCGAUUGACAAUAAGGAUGUGUUAAUAUUUGUAGGUGUAAUGUUUUAUCGCGAAUGAAAUAUUUUGAUAUCCAUUUUGUAAUUGUUUUUACUUAGUUUUUUCAGCAGUCUUUUAUAUCGUUUGGAGUCUAUGAUGUUCACGUGUCUAUCUAACUGCUCUUGUAUUUCCAGACAAUAACGUUAAUACUUGGUACCCGUACUUAAAUGUUGUAUGUCAGAAGUAUAUUAUAGCCGUUAGGAUACAGGGGUUAUGUGGUCGGUGUAGGUAUUUCGCAUACACAAUAUAACACCAACAGAAUUAUUUAGUAGACUUUAACGCUGAAGAAUAAUCAUUUGGGCUAACCUUUCUCAAUUCACACAUUUUAAGUCAGACUUAACACAAGUUUUCAUUGUAAACCAGUCUGAUUUUAGCAUCUUGUAAGUAUCACGAUGUUCUGUUGAAUCAAAACCAAACACGCAAAUUAAGAGAAUAAAGGUUUUUCGUGAAACCAGUUUCAAACCUAACCAAAACCAUAGACAAAAAUAAUUAAAAUAUAGACUGUCAGCCGUGCUGUGGUUACCAUGGUUAUCAUAGGUUCCGGCGCAAACCGCUGGAAGCGCCGUGUUACGUAGCGCGUAUGCCGUAACUAUAUGGCGCUCCCAGCGGUGUGCGCCAGAACCUAUGGUAACAGCAGCACAGCUGACGGUCUAUAUUUAAUAUUUUUUCUAUGCCAAAACAUAGAUGCUUUUCAAUUUACAAACACUGUUUUAAUGCUCCAAAACUACUGCCAACUAAGUACGCCAUUUUGUUAUUGCCACGUAGUGUAGAUCAGCAAUAAUGUGUAACAUACCAGUCAUGUUAAAUUUAUGUUACGUUGGAUGUCGUCAUUUUAUAUACACUUUCUCGAUUUAAAAUUACCUCAACAGCUGUUUGGUGUUUCAAAUUUCUAUCUUCGUUGAGGCAACAAUAAGUGGGUGACUUCAUUGACUUUACACCUUUACGUAUAGUCAAUGGUGACUUCCGUAUCUGUUGGCACAAACAACCGAAUAAAAAUAUCGAUUAUUCGAUUGUUUCAUUCGAUAUAUCGAUCGAUAUUUUCAUUUGGUUGUUUGUACCAACAUAUACGGAAGUCCACCCCAAUAAGUCUUGCCUAGUAAAUAUAUAAGUGUUGUACGGUAAAAUUCCGUUAUCAUUGUAUCAUAAAUAUAGGAAAUUUAUUUGGUGAAACAGGUUAAGUGUUCUGAGUGUACUCAUAUUGUGCUUAGCGAAUUUUUUUUGGACUUUGUAAAAGAUUUUAAAUAAAGUAAAAGUUAUUUAACAAUGUCCAACAGAUAUUAAUCCGUAAGAAAUAUCAAGCUAUUUUUCUGGAAGUAAUUUAAAAUGAAUAAUGUGGCGAUUACUGAUUAGGAUGAUUUAAAAAAUGCAUUUGAUUUAUUACGAUAGUUAACUAAUUUACAUUAUUUUUAUAUAUCACGUUAGACCUAAUAAUAUUGAGAGUAUUUCUAAUUUGUAUGUGGGUCUCACUAAAACUAUACUAACAGACAUAUUAACAAACAUACAAUAUAUUUUUACUUUAGUUUAGUUUUUUAACAUAUUUGUUUAAUCCAUCCUUUGUUUCACAGGUUUGUUUUAUAAUACAAGUCAACGUAAGUACGAGUUUGUAAAAUUAAAAAUCUUUGAAUUUAUAAUGUUUUUUUAAUUUAAGGAGCUACGCACAUCAACAGUUUUUUCUAAGUGUUUCCAAAGGGCCAGUUUCUCUGCAAGAAUAAACAAGGUGUAUUUUAAUCUUAAGAACUGCCCUUUUGUAUAUCUUACCAAUGCAUAUGACAAUAUUAUAUCAAUGUUUUCCCAGCUAUGUAUAUACUAUUCUACCCGUCUCAUCAACACUGUUUUAUGGUGAUAUUGCGUAGAGGAUAGUACUAUAUAUUGUACAUAAUACUAUAUAGGUAGAGCCUAACUGUCUCUGUACAAAUAUCUAAGUCGCCCGUCCCUAUAUCUGGUGACAUCGGUCUGAGAUUAAGUCUCUUGGCUUUAUUCAGUGCUUGGAUUUUAAUUUGAAAAUCAUCGACAUAAGAAACUGUUUACCAAAUAUAGAAUAUUGUAAAGUUACAGGUGUUAUGUGUGCAGCUGAAGUGUAAUUUAGAGUACUUUAUACAGUAAAUUACAUUCCAGUAGUAUUCAAUACAUAAAAAUUUGGGUUUUAAACAACUGUACAAGAAAUGAUUAUUCCUUACGGGAAAAACGUGUGAAUAUAAACAAUUAUAGUGGUUACUUUAAUGUCAUAUGUAAAUUCGAUUUUAAAAUUUGCAAAUUCCUAAUUAAUAUCACGAAUACUAGAAAAGUACCGGCAUGGAUCAUAAACAAACCCCCUAUACUAAUAGCAUUAAUUAACUUAUGGUUUUAUUUACUUUAGACCAAAAACGUCAUACCGGGUCUUUUCUAGUAUUCGUGAUUAAUUGAAUAACUAUAAUAAUUAUUACUUACUUCUUAUUGAAUAACGCAAACUCCAUUGCACAAUGUUGAAUUGUAUAUACAUUUAUAAGAGGUAAAGACAACCAUGACGGAAGAAAUAUAUAUCUCUGAAUGUAAAUUUAACAAAUAUAUACUACCAAAAUAGGACACGAAACAUAAAAAUGUAUACAGAAAAACAUAGGCCUACGCUCAACAAGGAAAUACAAACUUGUGCAAUUUACAAUCCAUUACAGCUUAGAAUAAUGAAUAAUAUCAAGAAACUUAGCCUACUUGUAAAAAUGAAAAUACGGUAAACCACGUUUGCGAGAUACUGUUGGGAAAAUUAUGUUUUUGUUUGGAAGACAUCAUUUUUACCCUAUAUGGUUUGGACUUCAAGUGUGGAUUUUUAUGCACUUUCAAAAAAUAUCAAAACUAUUGCCGUAUUGUAAAAUAUUUGCGUGAAACACAACUUUUGAAACCCAAGUAUAGAAUGAGUCGAGACUACUUCACUAGGGCCGGGCGACGAUGUGUUGGUGCCUAGCCAUGACCGAGCUACAGCCAUGCACGGUCAAAGGCGUAUAAAACUGUGUCUGUGUCUAUGUAAGCGCCAUGUUGUACAUUUUAUAGAUCGAGAAGCUAGGUACAAUCAUCGUGUACAAUGUUGCCUGUUACACACUGGCAUAAAUAAACAA